AUGCCCACCACGCUCAUCGUUGGCGGAAACGGCAAGGUUGCGCGUCACCUCACUCGCAUCCUCGCUACCGAGACACGGCCAAGCCACCAUGUCCACAGCAUCAUCCGAACUAGUUCCCAGGAGGCCGGCAUUGAAGCCCUCGGCUCCAGACCAGUCGUCUUGUCGAUUGAAGCAGCCUCGGUAGCCGAAAUCGCCACCACCAUGGGCAAGAUUGCGCCCGAGUCCGUCGUGUUCCUCGCCAGCGCGCCGUUUGCAGAAAGCGAGCGCGCGGAAUCCAUCGACCGAGACGGAGCCAUCAAGUGUAUGGACGCGUGCGCGGAAGCAGGCGUGAAGCGAUUCAUCAUCGUGUCCGGGAUGGACGUGCGCGAUUGCGACAAGAGGCCGAUCCCGGACUGGUACAAUGAGGCGGAUGUCAAGGCUAGCGCACGCCUACGGGGUUUUAUAGACCCGUGGAUGAGAGCAAAACUUGCUGCCGAUCGAGAGCUGAGAGUGGGAAACAGCCGGCGCAAGCUGGACUACACUAUAGUUCGGCCCGGCAGGAUCACGGACGAUGCGGGCGUGGGCUCCGUCUUCGUUGGCAAGGCUCAUCUAGGCAAUUCGGUGAGUCAGGAGGACGUUGCGCGGGUCGUGGCCGCCUGCCUGACGAACCCGGACACGAUUGGGUUGGCAUUUGAUGUGACGGGGGGGGAUUUACCGGUCGCUCAGGCCGUUGCACAGGUGGCAGCGGAUCGGGUCGAUUCGUUUGAGGGAUACUACUAG